AUGGGAAAUCACUUAUCAGUAAAUAAAUUAAAAAGGAAAAAAAAAAAAAAAAACUUUUUAAAUAUAUAUGGAAAAAAUACUAAUGAAAAUACAAAUAAACAAAGUAAUGAUUAUAAAUAUGAUAUAAAUAGUAGUUGUAUAUCAAGAGAAGGUACAACAACAUUAGAAAGGAAAAAUUUAAUAUUAUGUCAUUCCGGAAAAUUAGAAGAUAAAUAUAUUAUUGAUGAAAAAUUAGGACAAGGUACAUAUGGUUGUGUAUACAAAGGUAUAGAUAAAGUUACAAAUCAAUUAUAUGCUAUAAAAGAAGAAAAAAAAGAUCGAUUGAAAAAUAUAAAUCGUUUUUUUCAAGAAAUUGAAAUUAUGAAAAAAUUAGAUCAUCCAAAUAUUGUAAAAUUAUAUGAAACAUAUGAAAAUGAUAAUUAUAUAUAUUUAAUUAUGGAAUUAUGUUCAGGUAGAGAAUUAUUUGAUAGUAUUAUUGAGAAUGGAUCAUUUACGGAAAAAAAUGCUGCGACUAUAAUGAAGCAAAUAUUUUCAGCCAUAUUUUAUUUACAUUCUUUAAAUAUUGUACAUCGUGAUUUAAAACCUGAAAAUUUUUUAUUUCAAAGUGAAAGUAAAGAUAGUUUAUUAAAAAUUAUAGAUUUUGGUUUAAGUAAAAAUUUAGGAACAGGAGAAUUUACAACGACUAAAGCAGGAACACCAUAUUAUGUUGCACCUCAAGUAUUAGAUGGGAAAUAUGAUAAAAAAUGUGAUAUCUGGUCUAGUGGUGUUAUUAUGUAUACACUUUUAUGUGGGUAUCCACCAUUCUAUGGUGAUACAGAUAAUGAAGUUUUAAAAAAAGUUAAAAAAGGAGAAUUUUGUUUUUAUGAAAAUGAUUGGGGAAAUAUAUCUUCUGAUGCGAAAAACUUAAUAACAAAAUUAUUAACAUAUAAUCCAAAUGAAAGAUGUACUAUCGAAGAAGCUUUAAAUCAUCCAUGGAUAACACAGAUGACUAAAAGUCAUGAACAUGUAGAAUUAUCUUCCACUUUAUUAAAAAAUCUUAAAAAUUUUAAAAAGGAAAAUGAAUUAAAAAAAAUUGCAUUAACUAUUAUAGCCAAACAUUUAUGUGAUGUUGAAAUUAAUAACUUAAGAAAUAUAUUUAUAGCUCUUGACGUUGAUAAUAGUGGAACUUUAUCAUCUCAAGAAAUUCUUGAUGGCUUGAAAAAAAUAGGAUACCAAAAAAUACCUCCAGAUAUUCACCAAGUACUUAGAGACAUUGAUUCAAACGCCUCAGGUCAAAUACAUUACACAG